AUGAUUUUGUGUUUCCACUGCAGCUUUCUGUUUCAACAGUUGGUUAUCGUCCCUCUUCUCGUUGCGCUCAUUCCUUGGGAGAUGAUCCGAAACGGGGCAGACAUUUCCUUGCAAGAUGCUCUGGAUGCUACGAACUCCUUAGUUCUACGAUCUCUCAAGAAGCCGAACAUUGUCGAUGAACCCGCUGGGCUUGUGGCGCCAGUGCAUCUCCCCAUCGAGACAUUCACGGACAAGACUUCGAAACUCAAGCAUGCCUUCGACGUCGUAGGUGAGAUUGAUUUUGGACAUGAGCUCAAAGAAAAAGUACGCCAUUGUGUCCGCACAAACACUCUCCAUCUACUACCAGAACCGUUCGGCUUCAAGAAGCUUCCAGAUAUCACCGUUGAGCUACAACUUGCAGUCGUCCCUACCCGGAACCCCAACAAGUUCUUCUUGGUGAAACAUUUCAUCACAGAGCAGCAAGUGAAGGCGUCAUACUUGCGAGAUCUCUGCUUCGGUACACCCAACAUCGUGAGUUGGGGUGGGUCGGCUAAGAAUCUCCGGAAGGCCUUGCACUACAUGUUCGAAAAAAUGGGGGGGUAUCAGGUCGUGCGGUACUCCUUGCAAGCCUCGGCUGUUGCUUCCGAGUCAAAGAAUGUUUUCUUUCACAGCCUCUCUGAGGAGGACAUUGAUGCAGGCUUCGAUUUCAUUGAGAGGGAAGGUCCUCGAACCCAUCACUGCAACACCCAACUUAGGUGGAUAUGCAAACAGCUGAGCCAGGAAGACAGUCCCAUUUCUCAGUGGCCAGAACGUCUCAUCAAAGAAGCACUUCGAAACCUUAUGUCUGACGGUGUUCUCGCCUUACCAGUUACUGAUUACCCUCUCACCCUCGUGGAUGUGAACCCUGUCAUUCUGAACAUCUUAGAGAAGAUCUUCCCCCUGUUUAAUGACAAGGCUGUCGGCAUGCACGGUCUCCCCAAUGUCGGCAAGACGCCACUCGCAAGAAUCAUUGCCAUGGCCAUGUCAAGGUACUGGGUCGAGAGGUUGAAGUCCAAGUACAAGCCAGCCUACCGGGAGUCCUCUGAAUUCGACUUUUUCAGGGGCGAGCAGGGUAGGAAGGAACGCCCCGACAUUUUUGAUGACGGGACUUUGCCUGAGCAACCGAUGCGAAAACUCAAGGGUUUCUGUGAUGUUGGCAACACAGUCCUUACGAAGGAGAGAUGGGGCGCUGCGAAAUUUCCUCAGGGUCAGCUUCGCAUCUACAUCUCAAACGACAUUGAGAUGACAGCAGAACCCCUUUCCAGGUCAUCAGGCAACACCAUCAGUCACAAGGAGUUACUCGCCAUGCUCGAGCCAUCAUGGAUGAAGGGAACAGGCCUCCCAGACAUCCUUGCCGUGCUCAAGCGAACUUGCAUUCUCAUCAUCACGUCAAAGUACUUUUACUGUCGCCCAGCUACGGAUAAGGAGGUUUCGGUCCCUCGAAUUCCUUUGGAUGAAUCAGCUCCUCUCCUACGUGAGUCCAGUGGCCCAAAGUACAUGCAGUAUCGACGGGGAGACAGAUUUCCUCCCGAUGAGUCUCAUCUUGCAUGGGAACGAGCAUGGAUGCACAGUGUCAUGGACAACAACAGCAUGAACAUGCCAGAGACGCCGUACGAAAUUCGUGGGGGAGGGCUUUUCGGUGAUGCUCCUGAUGCCAAUCGUCUUCAACUUGUCGUACCAGCCAUUGUGAAGAAGGAGCCACGAGCGUUUCCCCGGUCAUUGUCAUUGGGUCCAAACACAAUUGUGGAUUUGGACAACACUCCCCCAAAGAAGAAGGUGAAAUCGGAAAGCUUGCUGGACGUGAAGAGCGAGCCCAAGACAUCAAGUCCAUUGCCUUGUCAGUACGAACUCAUUGACCUAGUGUCCGAUGAUGAGAAGCCCAUGUCUCCAUCCUCUCCAUGCACAGAUCUCCCAGCACAUCCCGCGGAGCCUACAGGAUACUCACCUACCGCCGCAUGGUCCCAGUACCCAGAGAAUCCAGAGUUUUCGGGUCUUGAUGAUGGUGAUGAGAUGGACGUUGCUGAGGACUAG